AUACCAUUAGAUCCUGCGCCUGAUAUCGUCUAGCCUGCCCAAGCCGAUCGCACAUAUAAAAGCCCACGCAUGACCCGGACGUCCGUGAGAUGACACUUCCACCUCCAUCCCAUUUCAUUCCCAGCGCUUGCUUCAGAAACUCGAACUCCAGCCAUGGGUCUCCAUCUCAAGGAGCGAUUGACCAGCUAUAUCGAGCCAUACCAGCCACUACUCAAUGCCAUCAAGUACCACUGGGUUGCCUACAAAACCCGACAGGGCGCAACGUCCUCAAUCCAGGACCGCGCUUUCGCAGACUGGUACAAAGACAUGUCCCCCCUGCACACCAACUACGAGAAUACAACCGGGCUACCAUCCCUCGCCGCUGCAGCUCGGGGCACCGUCCUAGAGCUCGGCCCGGGACCAGGCAACCAACUCCAGCGCUACAAUGCCAGCGCCAUCACCCGCCUCUACGGGGUCGAGUGCAACCUGGAAUUCACUGAGGUGCUUCAGGCCCGAAUCACCGAGGCCCACCUCGACGACAUAUACACACCCAUCUUCUGUGACAUCCAGGAUGCCGACGCCCUCGAGCGACAUGGAAUCGUCGAGGGGAGUCUCGACUGCGUGACCAGCUUCCAGGUCCUGUGCUGCAUCCGGGACCCGAACGCGGUCGUGUCGACGCUCUGGAAGCUGCUGAAGCCCGGCGGCGAGUUGAUCUUCUGGGAGCAUGGGGCCAAUGCGGACUGGGUGACCUAUCUGGUGCAGAAGUUCUGGAGCCUGGUGUGGCCCACUGCUAGAGGCGGAUGUCAUCUGGAUCGUCGCACUGUGGACAUUCUGCUCCAGUCGGCUGACUGGGAGGUUGUGGAGUUGAAUUAUGAGGGGGAGAAGUGGCAUAUCAUGCCCAGGGCCUCUGGAAGACUCAGGAAGCUGGUUUUGGAGUAGAGCGUGUAUGCUCGGAUGGUCACUAUAGGGAUUCGUAUUGUUGUAUCGGCGUGGAUAUGUGGCUGAGAGACCGC